CUAUCUUUGCUCUCGCUUAUUAGAUGCUGCUGCAGGUGGGAGGAAAGCGAUCUGCCCUGGGCCUGUUGGCCAUCAGGAGGGUGUGGAGUAUGACCCGCUCCGCCCAUACCGCAUCCCAGACACUGGAAUACAAACCCAUCAAAAAGGUCAUGGUGGCCAACAGAGGAGAGAUUGCCAUCCGCGUGUUCAGAGCCUGCACAGAGCUGGGGAUCCGCACAGUGGCCGUCUACUCUGAGCAGGACACGGGCCAGAUGCACAGACAAAAGGCAGAUGAAGCUUACCUCAUCGGGAAGGGGCUGCUGCCUGUAGCAGCCUACCUGCAUAUACCAGACAUCAUCAAAGUGGCCAAGGAGAAUGACGUGGAUGCCAUCCACCCAGGUUACGGCUUCCUGUCAGAGCGAGCAGAUUUUGCUCAGGCGUGCGUGGAUGCUGGGGUACGUUUUAUCGGCCCCACCCCAGACGUGGUGCGCAAGAUGGGGGACAAAGUUGAGGCCCGUUCCAUUGCCAUCAGUGCAGGUGUGCCGGUCGUACCUGGAACAGACGCUCCCAUCUCGUCUUUGCAACAAGCUCAAGAGUUCUCCAACAGCUACGGCUUCCCGAUCAUCUUCAAGGCUGCUUAUGGGGGCGGAGGACGUGGAAUGCGAGUGGUCAGGGAGUAUGAGGAACUAGAGGAGAAUUAUCAGCGUGCGUACUCUGAGGCCCUGGCAGCCUUUGGCAAUGGAGCUCUGUUUGUGGAAAAGUUCAUUGAGAAACCCAGACACAUCGAGGUGCAGAUCUUGGGCGAUAAAUACGGCAAUGUCAUUCACUUGUACGAGAGGGACUGCUCUAUCCAGAGGAGACACCAGAAGGUGGUGGAGAUCGCACCGGCCGCACAGCUGGACCCACACCUCAGAGACAGACUCACUGCUGACUCCGUGAACCUCGCUCGACAGGUCGGUUAUGAGAAUGCAGGCACAGUGGAGUUCCUGGUGGAUAAACACGGUAAACAUUACUUCAUCGAGGUCAACUCCCGUCUGCAGGUGGAGCACACAGUUACUGAGGAGAUCACAGAUGUGGAUCUGGUACACGCUCAGCUGAGAGUGUGUGAAGGUCGCAGCCUGCCAGAGCUGGGCUUGAAACAGGACAAGAUACGGAUCAAUGGCUAUGCCAUCCAGUGCCGUGUGACCACAGAGGACCCGGCACGUGGCUUCCAGCCUGACACGGGAAGAUUGGAGGUCUUUCGCAGUGGAGAGGGCAUGGGUAUCAGGCUGGACAGCGCGUCUGCUUUCCAGGGUGCUGUCAUCUCCCCUCAUUACGAUUCACUGCUGGUGAAAGUCAUCGCCAGUGGAAAGGAUCUGCCAGCGGCCUCUGCCAAAAUGAGCCGAGCUUUAGCGGAGUUCCGCGUCAGGGGGGUCAAGACAAACAUCCCGUUCCUCCAGAACGUGCUGAGUAAUAAUCAGUUCCUGAAUGCGACGGUAGAUACUCAGUUCAUCGACGAGAAUCCAGAUCUCUUCAACCUCAAACCCGUGCAGAACCGAGCCCAGAAACUGCUUCACUACCUGGGGCAUGUUAUGGUGAACGGCCCGACUACUCCGAUACCUGUCAAGGCUAAGCCUUCUCCCAUCGAUCCGGUCAUCCCACCAGUACCCCUCGGUGAGCCACCAGUGGGUUUCAGGGAUGUGCUGCUGAGAGAGGGUCCAGAUGGUUUUGCGAAGGCGGUACGUGCCCACCAGGGUCUGCUGCUUAUGGACACUACGUUCAGAGACGCCCACCAGUCCCUCCUGGCCACUCGUGUACGCACUCACGACCUCAAACGGAUUGCGCCUUUUGUGGCUCACAGCUUCAGCAACCUCUUCAGUGUGGAAAACUGGGGAGGCGCUACAUUUGAUGUAGCAAUGCGUUUCCUAUGUGAGUGUCCCUGGAGAAGGCUGCAAGAAAUGAGGGCUCUGAUGCCAAAUGUGCCUUUUCAGAUGCUUCUGAGAGGUGCCAACGCCGUUGGAUACACCAACUACCCUGACAAUGCCGUCUUCAAGUUCUGUGAGGUGGCCAAAGAAAACGGUAUGGACAUCUUCCGUGUGUUUGACUCGUUGAACUAUCUUCCAAACAUGCUCUUGGGGAUGGAGGCAGCAGGUGCAGCAGGAGGAGUGGUGGAGGCUGCCAUCUCGUACACUGGCGAUGUUUCCGACCCCACAAGGCAGAAAUAUUCUUUAGACUACUAUCUCAAACUAGCAGAUGAACUGGUCAAGGCUGGAACACACAUCCUCUGUAUCAAGGACAUGGCGGGUCUCCUAAAGCCUGACUCUGGCCAUUUGCUGGUGAGCGCGUUGAGGGACCGUUUCCCAAACGUGCCGAUCCAUGUGCACACUCACGACACCGCAGGGGCCGGAGUGGCUGCCAUGCUGGCGUGUGCAGAGGCUGGAGCAGACAUUGUGGAUGUGGCGGUUGACUCCAUGGCGGGAAUGACGUCCCAGCCCAGCAUGGGCGCCAUUGUGGCAUGUACCAAAGGCACCAAACUCAAUACUGGCAUCUCUCUCGAGAAGGUCUUUGACUACAGUGAGUAUUGGGAGGUGACCCGAGGCCUUUAUGCUCCGUUUGACUGUACUGCCACCAUGAAGUCUGGGAAUGCUGAUGUCUAUGAGAACGAGAUCCCAGGUGGCCAGUACACCAAUCUCCACUUUCAAGCACACAGUAUGGGGCUGGGGAACAAGUUUAAGGAGGUGAAGAAAGCCUACGCAGAAGCCAACAAGCUGCUCGGUGACCUCAUCAAAGUGACACCCUCCUCUAAGAUUGUGGGCGAUCUGGCACAGUUCAUGGUGCAGAACUCUCUGACUCGGGCAGAGGUGGAGGAGAGAGCGGAUGAGUUGUCUUUCCCCCUCUCCGUGGUGGAGUUCCUGCAAGGACACAUCGGCAUCCCUCAUGGAGGCUUCCCGGAGCCCUUCAGAUCAAAGGUUUUGAAGUCUCUUCCCCGUGUGGAAGGGCGUCCUGGAGCCUCCCUGCCCCCCAUGGAUUUCCAGGUCUUGGAGAAGCAGCUGCGAGAUGCACACGGUGAUGAAAUCACCCCGGAGGAUGUGAUGUCUGCGGCCAUGUACCCCAAAGUGUUCCAGGAGUUCAAAGAAUUCACCAGAACCUUUGGCCCUGUGGAUUGUCUGGACACUAGACUCUUCCUGGAUGGACCCAAGAUUGCUGAAGAGUUUGAGGUGGAGUUGGAGAGAGGCAAGACGCUUCAUAUCAAGGCUCUGGCUCUAGGAGACCUUAAUAAAGCCGGUCAGAGAGAGGUUUUCUUCGAGCUCAAUGGUCAGCUGAGAUCUGUCCUGGUCAAAGACACCAUGGCCAUGAAGGAGAUGCAUUUCCACCCUAAAGCCCUGAAGGACGUUCGUGGACAGAUUGGCGCUCCCAUGCCUGGUAAGGUUGUGGAGGUGAAAGUGAAGCAGGGCCAGCAGGUGGAGAAAGGACAACCGCUCUGCGUCCUCAGCGCCAUGAAGAUGGAGACGGUGGUGAACUCGCCGCUUUCCGGCACCGUGGCCAAGAUCUACGUGACCGCCGACAGCACUCUGGAAGGAGACGAUCUUAUUCUGGAGAUCACUGAAUAGAUAUCAUGAAGUCCAACAGCAGGGAACAUAACACAUCACCACAGCCAAUCCCUGCAAGGCUAAACACACACACA